UCGAUCAAUAUAGUAAUAACUAAUUUAGCAUGAAGACCUAUCCCAAACGAUUUGUUUUGUACUACUUUCUCAUAAUUGGGAUUACAGUUAUUAUUGCAGAAAAAGAUGAUGAUUACAUUUACAUGUCCAAACUUUUGAAAGCACUUACCCCAACACCUAUAGGAUGGUCUAACAACACUCACUUCUGCAAAUGGAACGGCAUCGUCUGUCGAUCUAAUCGAGUUGUUUCCAUUAAACUCCCAUCAAGCUCACUCCAUGGGACACUCCCUUCUAGUCUCGACACUCUCACUAAUCUCAUCCAUAUUGAUCUUCACAACAAUUCACUCAUCGGUCCUUUGCCUUUUAUGUCUGGUCUCGUCGCACUACAAACUGUGUCCCUUAGUUACAAUAACUUCACCUUUAUCCCAGAAUUUUACUUUAUGGGAAUGCCAGCUCUACAAACACUAAACCUUAGCAAUAACUUGAAUCUCUUGCCAUGGUUAUUCCCCAAGGAAUUAAGUGAAUCCCCGUUGAUGCACACGCUCGAUCUUGAAGCUACAAAUAUCUUAGGCUCUUUGCCAUCUCAAAUGUUCGAUUGGUUUCCAAGUUUGUAUACUCUUGUUCUUUCUCAUAACAACAUUCAAGGAGCUCUUCCCACGUCUCUUGGGAAAUCCGGUGUAAGGUAUUUAAAGCUCGACAAUCAGCUGAAUGGGUUCGAGGAUACAAUUGAUAUGUUAUCAUCUAUGAAGUUUUUGUCUCAAGCAUGGCUUCACAACAACGCCUUCAAGGGCCAAAUUCCAAACUUGUCUAAUUGCACUCAUUUGUUCGAUCUUCAACUUCAUUCGAAUCUCUUUGCUGGUGUAGUUCCACCUUCGCUGCUUGCUCUCUCUUCAUUGACCACCAUCUCUUUAGAUGAUAAUUUACUUCAAGGGCCUAUUCCUGUGUUUCACAAGGGUGUUAAGGCAACAUGGAAAGGAAAUCAUUUUUGUAGAAGCGAUGUUGGACCUUGUGAUCCCCAAAAUGCGACUUUGCUUGAAAUUUUUAAAGCUCUUGAGUAUUCUGUUUAUCCGUCAAAUAAAGGGAAUGAUUUUUGUUCAGACGAGGAAUUGUUUACGUGUCGAAAAGGAAAGAUUGUGGGUAUUAAUUUUGGGAAUCUACAAUUAGUAGGAACUAUCUCUCUAGCGUUUUCCAAUUUAACAAAUUUAGUGAUCUUGACUCUUGCUGGCAAUAGUUUAACUGGGUCAAUACCAUAUAGUCUUACAACUUUGCCUCAUCUUCAGCUUCUUGAUGUGUCCAAUAAUAAUCUGCCUGGACAAAUUCCCAAAUUUCCAUCCAUUAUUACGUUAAUUAUAAAAGGAAAUGUUUUGCUUGGGCGAAAUACGUCUGUUUCCCUUGAAGGAGGCUCAUCUAAAACAGCACUUAGACCCGGUUGGAUUGCAGGUAUGAAUGGGCGGGCCUCUUUGUUUAGUAUUGGCAUUGUAAUACUUAUUGUGGUGAUUUCUUUUAAAUGCAAGUGGUGUCCUGCUUUUAUACAGAGGUGGAUCUUCAAGAAAAUUAAAAAAUCUACUGACCAUAAUGUGGAAGAUUUCAUACAAAGUUAUAAUUUGUCAGUGCCAAUUAAGCAAUAUAGAUAUGCUGAAGUGAAAAGAAUGACAAAUUCAUUCCGAGAUAAGUUAGGUCAAGGAGGAUAUGGCAUUGUUUACAAGGCAAUCUUACCUGAUGGUCGUCACGUGGCAAGGAAAGUAAUAAACGAAACAAAGGGAAAUGGAGAAGAUUUUAUAAAUGAAGUUGCUAGUAUUAGUAGAACGUCACAUGUGAACAUCGUCGCACUUUUGGGUUUUUGUUAUGAGAACAAAAGAGCACUAAUAUAUGAAUUUAUGCCCAGAGGAUCAUUGGAUACAUUCAUCUUUAAAAGGGGAUUUUCUGAUGUUAUUUGUAAUUUGGAUUGGAAAACAUUGUACCAAAUUGCAAUUGGCAUUGCUCGAGGACUAGAAUACUUGCAUCAAGGAUGUACUUCAAGGAUUCUACAUCUUGAUAUCAAACCUCAAAACAUUCUUUUGGAUGAAAAUUUUUGCCCAAAAAUCUCUGAUUUUGGACUAGCGAAAAUAUGUCAGGAGAAUGAUAGUAUUGUGUCUUUACUUGGCACAAGAGGUACUAUAGGGUACAUAGCACCAGAAGUAUUUAGUCGAACAUAUGGUGGAGUUUCUCACAAGUCAGAUGUAUACAGCUACGGUAUGUUAAUUCUUGAAAUGAUUGGAGGAAGAAAAAAUUAUGAUACUGGAGGAUCAUCUACUUCUGAUAUGUGUUUUCCAGAUUGGAUUUAUAAGGAUCUUGAGCAAGGUAAUAACUUUGUAAAAUGCUUAGAAAACUCAGAGGAAGAAAAUGACAUGGUAAGAAUGAUUACCAUGGUUAGUCUAUGGUGCAUUCAAACGAAUCCGUCAGAUAGACCAUCGAUGAAUAAAGUAAUAGAAAUGCUACAAGGAUCACUUCAGGCAUUGCCAUUUCCUCCAAGGCCUUACUUAUAUACUCCUGAAAUUCCAUCAUCACAACAGUUUUACCUGACUUCGAGUUAUUUGUUAGAGACAAAUUCAUCAACCUUGUUGAAGAUUGUAAAUUCAAAUAAGUCCGGCAAGGAAAAAAAUGAAGAAUGAAAAUGUAAUUAUGUAUUAUGGAUAUUUGAAUACAACUUUGCUUAUGCUUUGGUUAAACCUCAAAACUUUUUCAUAAUUUUUAAAUGCUAAAUUUCUAGCUACUAAUAAUUUUGAGCAUGCAAUACACCCUGAAUUUUUCAGUAUUCCUACCAUAUGUUUAUGUUUAGAAAAUAUUACAAUAUAUACUGCUGAAUGCUGGUCAAUCUUGUUUACAACACUCAAAUAAUAGCAUCCUAUCAGGCUAUCACAAAGUUGCAACAAUGGAUUUCCUUGACAUGUAAGUGUGAUGUUUCCAUAACAAACGGUAGCAUUGCAGUGCAGAAAAACUUGAUAAAGCAAAUUUCCUAUGUGGAAUGUAUCAUUGAGUUGCUUCAUA